AUGCGCAUUCGAGAAGCUAAACACUCUGAACUUGGAAAUUUGGCCUUCAUUGGGGCACGCGCGUUUUAUGAGGACGAUAUAUAUGCACAUUUCUACCCCCAACGACGGCUGUAUCCGGAAGCGUUUUACGAAGGCAUUUUGAACAGUCUCUUGGACAUUUUCACGCAGCCCGGGGCCAAAGUGUUCGUUGCAGAGCUCGAGGACAGCGAUUUUUUGCCUCCUUCGAAAUCCACAAUUGCGGGUCAAAAGAUUAUAGGAUACGUUACAGUCAUUUUCCAUGGAGACCCGGACCAAAAAGUACAAUUCGACGCGGGCAACGAGGAAAAAGUCUUUUACCGUCGUUUGCUUGAAUUGGAAAAACAGCGCGUGCCCAACAAGGCCAUCAAUCAAGCUGCCAUUGAUGAUUUUGUUGCAAAGCAACAGCUUGUCACCGGCCCGAAAGACGGCUUGCUGGAAGCUGUUUCUCUUGCUGUUCUCCCUGAAUUUCAAUCAAUGGGCUUCGGACUACAGUUGUUGGAAUUCUUGAAAGCAAUGAUUAGUAAACUGGGCGUGGACUUAGUGGCUGAUGCAUCCAAAAGAGGAUUUCCGAUAUAUGUGAAGUUUGGAUUCAAACACAUCGGGGACAUUAAGUUGACAUCCAAAACGAUCCAAGCGGAUGAUCUGUCGCUUGUGCAUCUUCCUCAGCUCACAGUUCCUGUUGUCUGUCUUUCUCACACGUACAAGGCUGCAUUUUAA